AGCUUGAGCGUUAGGUGUUAAUUCUUGUUCGGUUUUUCGUCGGUUUAAAAUACCGUCUUUCAACUUAUCGAAAAUGUAAAUCGUGAGAUUUAUGUUGAGUGGCCACGGGAUGCAAUUAAAUCAAUUGAAAUGUUGCCAAAAGAUUAAUCAAUGAUGGAAACAACAACCGAAAAUUCAGCCACAGUGUCCGAAUAUGUAGGUGGUGGUUUAUGGAUAACAGUGUACUGUAUAAUCAUUGUUGCUGCUAUUGCUGGCAAUACUUUGACACUUUUCGCUAUAGCAGCUAGCCGACAAUUGUCAUCUAUGGUGUCCAAUCAAUUCAUCUUCAGUCUGGGAGUGAGCGACUUAUUGGUGGGAUUGUCCAUCCCUUACCAUAUGUGUUUCUACUUGACGGACUCGAUUAUUCACAAUAAAAGUACUUGUUUGGCCCGUUUUGUCCUCAUAUCUUUCGCUUGUGAAAGUUCGAUAUUAAAUCUUCUCUUCGUCGCUACUGAUAGAUACACCGCCAUCGUCCAUCCCUUGAAGUACAACCAGUAUAUGACACGUCAAAAUGCAACUUUUCUUAUUUCUCUCGUAUGGAUAUUGUCGCUGACUUUUUCCGCCGUUCCGAUUUACUGGAAUACGUGGACCGAUGAUGAAAUUUGUGAUGUUAAAAUAAUUCCGCAUGUGUACUUCAAUUUCGUCCUUACGCCGAUGUUUGCUUUGAUUUGGGGUGUGAUGCUACUUGUUUAUAUUAAAAUUUGGAGAGAAGCUUCGAAACAUGCAAAAAGGAUUAGAAGUACGACAAAUUUGCAUAAAUGUCACAACAUCAACGAUACUAAAUCAAUACAGGUGGUGAUGCUUACACUAGGCUGUUUCUCCAUCUGCUGGAUGCCUUACUUCAUCGUGACCACUUAUUUCAGAAUAAGCGACACCAGCAGCCAAUUCAGCCUUUUGUACGAAAUCGCGUUCACGCUGGCCGUUUGCAAUUCAGGAAUGAACCCUGUGAUAUACGCUUGGAAGAAUUCCAACUUCCGCGAGGCCUUUUGGUGCUUGCUGACUUGCCACUCCCCGAACAAUUCGACCAAAAAGACAAACUAUAUCACGAAUCACGUUCCUAGCAGCAAGAAAAGCUCAAUUGGAGGUCAUGACAACGUUGUAGCUCAAGCCGAAAUUGAGAUUGAAUCACCCACUCCCAAAGACUAUGACGAACACGAGUGUAGUGUGUCAACCGAAAUGACAACAGUGAACACUCCCACUUGGAGUUGACUUUAAUUUAAAUUCUCCGAAAGAAAUAUUGUGAUAUAUUCUUAGUUUUAAUGU